UGAUAAUCGGUUGACGGUUAAUCGGUUGAACCAAAAACCGAACCGAAAAUCACGGUUAUCAACCUAACCGAAAACCGAGAUAUUUGCCUCGGUGUCGGCGUCAGUGGGCUAAUUCUAGGCUUUAGGCUAACCGUCGGUUGCCGGUUUCUAACCGAGAUCAAACUCGGUGCACCGCUGCAACCGACAAACCUCUCAUCUCCCUUUCCUCACCCUGCAUCGACCCUCUCUCCCUCUCCAUCUCCAGCCUCCCACCAGGCCAAUACCACCACCCUCUACAUCCCAAGUUUCCCCGCCCGACUUCGCCGACCCUUCUCUCCGAAACUGGCCGAAUCUGGCCGAAAGUGGAAGCCUCUCUCAUCAUCGCAUCCGCCACCUACCCCCUCAUCCUCGACGUCCUCGUCGGCGUCGAUUGCCAUCCAUCAUCGGCGGCGCCGCCGAUUGUCGACCUUCGUCGUCGUCAUCGCAGAGUGAGAAAUCCGGCCAGAUCCAACACCUAUUCCUUGCAAGUUUAUGUUGAUUUUUCGUGUUGAUUUUGUGAGGGGAAAAUGUAGUAGAGAGGUAGAGAUGGAGAUUUGGUGAGGGGAGAGGGAGGGUAGCAGAGAGCCAGAGGGGCGGAGAGGGAUAGAGUAGAGAGAGAGUUGUUCUUUGGAGAUAGGGACAGUGGGGAGGAUCCAAAAUCGUGUGGGGUUAUUUUUUAAUUCCCUUUUAUUUCAGUCAAAGUCUAACCGACCAAACCAAACCGAGGCUUUUGGUUGGCGGUUUCGGCUAACCGAUUACUCAAUCGGUUGCGGUUGCCUAUUUCAGCUCUUUAUUUGUGUCGGCUAACCGACUGACCGGUUCGGUUUAACCAAAACCGAACCGACUAACAGCCCUAGGUCCAGGCACACAAGAGGUGGUCUUUUGUAAUUGACCAAAGUUUAAAGGUUUUUUUUUACACUAGGGAUCUAAUUAAUUAGUUUGUGACAACUAAGUUCAAAUUGAAGGUUCUAUUAAGGUUCCAAUUAAUUAACUAAUGAUACUUAAGCCGAGAUUGAACCAAAAUCAAUGAGUAUUCGACCUAAUUCAAAUCGGCUAAAGCAAGUUGAACACGGUGUUGACGAAUUUUGCCUCACCAAUGACUUGGAUCAAUUGGGUUCAAUUGUCAUAAGCUAAUUAAUUAGAACCUCAAUGACAUUUAAACCCCUCCAAGCUUUUGCGGGUUUGUCUAAGGCUAGGACAUGGAUAAAGAGAAUGGAGGAGAUGAUAAUAUCUUCUUUCUUGUUAUUGGUAAUCUUUAGUUUGAUGGAUUGGAGCUUGAGAGACAACUAAUGAGAGUGUAUGCUUUUUUAUGUCAUGAAAAUAACAAGAGAUGGGGGGUUUGUGAGUCGUCAAAGAGUGAGGAAGAACCAAAGUAUGUGUGUUAUAUUUAAUUAAUUUUUUUAUCUUUGUUGUUUAUCAGUAUUUUGGUAUAUAUACCGAUCCCAAUCUCGUAAUUAAGAAUACAAAAUGAAUCUGAAUCACACCCAAAAAUUAAACCUGUAUUUGGUAAAUACCAAACAGUGAUAAAUUAUGUAUGAUAUUCGGUAUAUCACAAAUAUCGGUACCAAACUUGUAGCCCUUGUCAGACGCAAACAUUACGACAGCGAGGGCUAGUUAGACAGUGCUUUCCUGACCGAAUGUACAUAUCAUACGACUGAAGGUGGAAAGUAGUGGUUAGUCAACCCCUGUUUUUUAUUGAUCUGGAAUUUUUGAUAACCGAUAGUUUUUUUUAUCGAUAAGGAAUUUCCGACAACCGACAGAUGAGAUUCCAUUCCAGUCAGAAAAUUGAAGCGUAAGCGCUACCACAGACAAAUAUUUUUACCAAAUUAUUUACACGAGAUUCUUGUGCACCAUCCUCGCCAUUCCCAUUUUCGACAUAAAAAAUUAUAUAACAUAUACCUAAUUUGAGUUAACUUGUCAAUAAGGGUUCAGGCUCAUUAAUGUGGUUGAAGUGUUGGGUACAAAAAAUAUUUUCUCCAAUAGAAUAUAAAUAAAUGGAGGAAGGAAAAAAUUGUCAUUUUCCACAAACCAUAUGAGUGACAAAUAAUAAAAAUAUAUACGCUCGACAAAUAACAACUCCCAUAUAAAUAAUCAUAUACUUUUUGAGGAGAUACAUAAGCUAAAAUACAAAAUGGGGAGAUGAAGAAAGAUUCGUAGAUGAUUUGUAGUUGAAAUUUUGAAGAUGUUGGGGGCCACUAGCAUACAAUUCAAGAGGAAUUGAGAAUCUUGGAUUAGGAGAAAUUGGGUGGUUCUUUGGUUUAUCUAGUGCAUAUACAAAUUCACCCGAUAUUUAAUUGGUAACAUGUUUCGGAGUACCACCCAUUCAUUACGCACAACUAUAUAUCUUAUAUGGACGGUUUGACAAAGCUGGAUUUGGAUGAGUUUGAUUAUCGAAUUAAAAUGGUUGUGGAAAAUCAUAAUGAUAGAAUCUAAAAUACAAAUCCAUACAAGUUAUGUUUACAGGCUGACAAAGAUUAGUGGAUGAUGUUAUUCAAUGUGUUAAAGCAGUUAGGUUUUAGGUAUACAUAACUAAUCACACACACAUUUGGAAAUCCUCAUUUAAGUUGGCGUGAAUAAUACAGAAGUUAGAACAUAACCAUCACGGGAAGCAAAGAAAUUAGAACAUAUACGGAUCAAUAAGAAGAUGGGGAACUAGAGCACAUGCAGCUCCGAUCACUAUCUAUACAAUCUCCAUCCUCAACCAAGUAGGCAAGGAUUAGACCACCAAAAAUUAACGAAAAUUUUGGAGGACAGAUAGCGCUCCAAAACAAUUGAACAAGAAGAGAUUAUUGUUUAGUAAACAUCAUUAAUUUUGGUGGGUCAUCUGAAAGCCAACAAUUUGACACAAUUAGUUUAAUGCAUAGUCUACAAACUUUAUUUUGCGUCCAAUUAGGGUUUUUUAACUAAUUACAUGGCGAUAUAUAGAGUAAAUGCUUAUACAUUCUUGGAAUCUAGUAUACUUCAAGUGAUAUAAUCAUUAAUCAAUGGAUGUAUCAUAAUAAACUUCGACAAAUUAAAUUUGUCAUUUAUUGUUUUUAGUAAAUUGAUAUGGGGUUUGAGUUUAGAGAAAUAAAGCAUGGGUUUCACCCAUCAGAAGUUAAUUAUAGUACUAUAUGUCAAAUGUUAUUUAAUUCAUGGUCUAGAUUGCGUCAUCUCUCUAAAAUUACUUAGAAUAUCGUAUUCUCCAUAUGUAUGUUGCCAAAAUUUCAUUAAACAAAGGAGCUCUAACGAGAGACACAAUACUUAUCGGAAAAAUAAGAAAAUGACGAAAAUGGACAACUCGACAGCUUAGAGACAUAGACAAGAACCGUUACCACGAGAUCCGAGAUCUAAAGGCAUGUACGUAUAGAUGUGUGGCUGUAGUUAUAUCGGUGAUCAGUCUUUUUCCUCUUGUUGUUCAUUAAUAAAAUAAUAAUUGAUUUGUGAUGUUGAAAUUGCUACAUAACCUCCAGACCCGAUAGGAUAGCACAUAGAACCAGAAAUGGUUCUGCUUUUUGUGGGGUGUUCAUCCAUGAAAAUGAACCAUCACGUUAACCUCUGUUUAUCUAUUUAUGUCCAUUGCAGAACCAAUGGGGAUGCGGCACUCCAUGUGAGGACCGAGGCAAGGGAUGUUAAUUUGAACCUGCCCGUUGAGUAUUACACGAUUUUUCCCGUGAUGGAGUGGGUAUUAUCUGAUAUACAGUAGUGGGGCCAGACACAUGUAUACACUUCCGACCUGCCAUUUGACACAUUCUAUCUUAAUUUUUUACAAAUAUCUAUUCAUAUUUCUCUUAUUUUGAUUUUUUUCAACUAUUUAGACUUGAUCUUUCAAUUAAUUAGACUGAAUCACUCAAUCUAUUGUCACUAAUUUUUAUGCAUAAAGUUUUUGAGAGAACCCCGCUUCUAGGGAGUCUAAUAUGGAUCUUCGGCACUCGUGACAAUUAGGGAUUUAGGGUUUGAGAGAAAGAAUUAGGGAUUUAGAUGAGAAAGAAUAGAAUUGGGAAUCGGCCGAGGCCUUGGACGAGGAUGAGACGAGAAAUUAGGAGUUGAGAGGAGAGUUUAGGGUUUAGGAUACUUUUCGUAAUAUUGUUCUUGACUGAUUAUGACGUAAACCCAAAGUACAUAUUUAUAGGGAAAUACUGGAAAACCCUAAUAAUAAUCCUAAUACGACUAAAUCUCCACUAACUAUAAUUAUAAUUAUCCUACCUAACAUAAUAAUAAUAGAAACCCCAAUUAAAUGUGUUUCUGAAAAUUUUUUCCUUCAUUUUAUCUUAAAAAAAUAAUGGCUAAAUUGCAAGUUUGGUCACUCGAAUUGCUACAAAAUUUCACAUUUGGUCACUCGAAUUCGUUUAUUCCAUUCGUAGUCACUUAAAUUAGUUGAACAGUCCACGUUCGGUCACUCUCCAUUAAUCUCCGUCAGACUCCGUUAGUGCCGUCAAUUAACUGCUGACGUGGCUAACAGAGAUGCCUAAUCACCCAAUUUUAACCCAAGACAAAACAGAAAUCGACCCGUCACGUCAGAAAAACAUGCCACCUCAUAUAAACACAACCCAACCCACCCAACCUAAAAAAAACCAUUAACCCACCCAGAAAUCGAACCCGUGACUCAUCCACCCUUCUUCUUCUUCCUCUAUACCCUGCUUCCCCGCCGCCGGGGGGAUUUCCCCUCGAUCUCCCUGUUGCAGCCCCGUCGCUGGAUCCAGAUUCGCGAGGAAGAAGAAAGACGGGAAAUCGAGGGCAGAUCAGAAGAGGGAAUUUGCUGUUGCUGCUGCUGGAUUUCCUUCUUUCUCUACUCCAAUGGAGACUACUGCUGCUGCUGCUGACACUAAUGACUUCCGCCUUCCGGCUCCCCCUGCUUCCGCUUGCGAUUCGGCCGAUCAGAAGAGGGAGAAUGGCGCUGAUUCUGGCGGCGGCGGCGGUUGUGUAGGAGGAGCUAGGUAUAAGCUGAUGUCGCCGGCGAAGCUCCCGAUCUCCAGGUCUCCUUACAUCACCAUACCUCCUGGGCUCAGUCCGACUUCCUUUCUCGAGUCACCGGUCAUGCUCUCCAAUAUAAAGAUUGGGGUUGUUUCGGAUGAUGAAUUGCACCGUCGUCCGACACUUCAAACACAGUUAGUAAGGCCAGGGAGCUGAUGAGGUCCAGGACUGAUCCUACUCAGCUUGUAUCACAGUUGGCGAAUCUCAUUAUGGACAUACUAGCAAGUAAAAGUCAAGAACAUAGUUCUGAUGCAAGGAAAAGGUUUACUACUAGACUUGCUUGUAAGUGCCCUAUACUUGUGAUAUGAGACCUUUUUUGUGGUUCCUUAGAAUCAGAUUAAAUGGUCUCCUGCAAUCUACAAUUAUUUAAUUUCUCGCUAUUUUUUGUUUUGUUUUAUAUUAUAUUUUACUCUUUAUCACUCUAUUCCUUCUACAUAUAUACUCUUCUCAAUUGUAACACUACUAGAUAUACACGCUCGCUGCGCUUCGCGUAAAGGAAGUAAUUAUGUGAAAUGUUACAUGUGAUUGUAAGAGAUACUAAACUAACCUAUAAAAAACACAAAUCCAAAAAAUGCAGGCAUACCUCUCAUUUGAUAAAUAGGAACAUCUAAGCAGCUAAAUAAAAAUCGAGAAAACACAUUUUGCAAUAAGGUGAAGCAAACAAUAAAAAAUGGACUCGUUGACCAAUGGAUAGGUACCGAUUGGGAAACAACAAACACAUUUUGAAAAUUAUUAAUAUGCUUCUCUUGUUCUUCACUGAGUACUACUACAGUGACUCUGUUGUCCCACCUUGUGGGUAUUUCCGGAUCUAGCAAAUAACUAAAUAGAUAUAUAAUGGGUCCAAAUCAAAUACGAACAAAUAAGCUCGUUUAGUUGGUUCAUAUUCCACUUGUGUUCUCCAUGGAGAAUAAGGAAUUUUCCAGUUGUUUUCAUAUUCGAGUUCGAGCAAAAAGAAUAAAUAAGGGAGUAAAAACCAAAUACGAACAAAGAAGUUCGUUUCGUGCUACUUAUGCCUUCUUGCCUGUGCUUCACGGCGAGUGGUAUAUAGCUUUUCGUUAUCUUUUUCUUUGAAUUCGAGUAAAAGAAAAGUGGAACUGUGUUUGAUGGGCACUAAUUUAUUUGGUUUCUUCUUGGUGAGAGGAUUAUUGUAUCAAAUGGAAGAAGAGUGGAGAGAAAGUUCGUUUCGUGCUACUUAUGCCUUCUUGCCUGUGCUUAACGGCGAGUGGUAUAUAGCUUUUCGUUAUCUUUUUCUUUGAAUUCAAGCAAAAGAAAAGUGGAACUGUGUUUGAUGGGCACUAAUUUAUUUGGUUUCUUCUUGAGUGAGAGGAUUAUUGUAUCAAAUGGAAGAAGAGUGGAGAGAAAUGGGAGCACAAGAGGAAAAAUUGUAAAAAAUGGCUGGGACCCAGCCCAAUGGGUCAUUGACCCCAAAAUUGUGUGUCAUUGCCAAAAUAUCAGUUAAUGAAUAGUAAAAAGUAGAACAGUGU